AUGUCUGGCAGGGGGAAGGGAGGCAAGGGCUUGGGGAAGGGUGGCGCGAAGCGCCACCGCAAGGUGCUGAGGGACAACAUCCAGGGCAUUACGAAGCCGGCGAUCCGGAGGCUGGCGAGGAGGGGAGGAGUUAAGCGCAUCAGCGGGCUGAUCUACGAGGAGACGAGGGGAGUUCUCAAGAUCUUCCUCGAGAACGUCAUCCGCGACGCUGUCACCUACACGGAGCACGCUCGCCGGAAGACCGUCACCGCCAUGGACGUUGUGUACGCCCUGAAGAGACAGGGCCGGACCCUCUACGGAUUCGGUGGUUAG